AUGUGUACGAAUUUGAUUUUGAACUAUUUAAAACAUUGCCUUUGCGCAAACUUGGUCUCGCAUGCGGCCGUUUUACGGCGGAUAUCGAAAUAUGACCAUUUCGAUCGUGUCUAUUGUAUCACAGCAUUGCUGGAAUUCCUCGAGGGUAUUUUGGAGGGUGUAACUUGUAGAAACAAGCCAGAAGAAGCCAUACUACCUAAUGCAGUGGCUUCAUUGAUAUAUUGGAUUAUGCAAAUAGUCGCAAUGGUUAUGAAAAAUUUUGAAAUCGGUGGUGAAAUUAGCGCUGAGCAAUCUUAUAUGUUUGAACGUACUUGCGUUAUUAUCGAAAAAUUUACCUCCAACCAAUUUCUUAUGGGCAUAUAUUAUAUCGGUUGCUAUGAUGAUAUUGAAACAUAUGGAAAAAUACGUGACAAAUUUAACGGUGUGAAGAAUAUUUUAAGUACUAGUCAUUUAUCUUCUCGUAACCAUUACAUAACACAAUGCCUACAACAGCUAGCAUAUUUGGACGCCACUAAGUUAACAAUGCCGCGUUUGAAUUCAAAAGGCUUGGACUCGAUUAGCUACUGUGUGCAGCCUCUUUUGGCCGUGGAGGUGUUACUAAAUCCCUGUAACGACACCUCUUACUUUGUGGCUGAACUGCAAAUGAUUCAACGUCUCAAGAACUAUUCGCUAACGCGUUUGAUUUACGAAAUAGUAAGAGCUGGAUUCAUUUCACUUAGCAAUGUAGUAGAAGUAAGUCGAGACACUUUAUGGGGCGCAUUUACAUUUUUCAAAGUACCACACAUCAUAAAGCAGUUGCAUGUAUUGCAGCGAUCGAAUGAAGAGCAAACGCCAACAGAUCAUAUCCCCGAAGUUGUUGAGGCCUUCGAAUUGCUUUUAGAAGACAACUUGCUGCUCGAUUUAAUGGAUACAAAAUGUUCAUGCAAUAUUAUUGAGUAUCUGUUGAAUGAUUGGACUAAGCAGCAUUUGGUCACUGAUGUGCAUGUGAAACAUUUUGCAACUCAACGUGAGAGUACUUCGCUCAUGCUGCAGAAACGAGAAUCAGGAAACCAGGCUCUUUCAAUCAUCAAUUUCAUAAUACGUGCUGAAGUUCCAUUGUCAGGUGUUCUCAAAACAUUAAGCACCGAUUACAACAAAGUUCAGGAGGCGUUGUUAGGUGUACUCUGCCAAGUUUUAGUUGGUAACAGUUUCGACUUAAUUUUGUCAGUGGCCACAGUAGAAGGCCGCCUAAAAACUUUCGUUACCCGUUUGAUACAAUGUAAUGAAAAUUCCAAGCAAGUUCCAGGCGAAAUUGGUAAACCGUCGAUCAUACGAUCAACACUGUUCGAUGUGUCUUUCUUAAUGCUGACUUUUAUUGUACAAACCUAUGGAUCAGAUGUGGUAUUAUCCGAGCAUGGUGACUCUUUCUUCGAGAAAUGGGUGCGCGAGUGCAUGGCGGAACGUAAUAAGCCUAAGAAUCCUCGCAACAUGAUUGCCCUCUGCGAUGAACAAAUUGUGGAUGAGCUAUUGUUAAGCCUACGGAGUCCAGAAGCGCAACAUAAGAAUAGUAAUCUGACUUGGCAAGAUAUUUGUUUAAAUCUGCCCGGCGUCCUUAACCAUGUGUUGAUCGCAUGGGAAAAAGACAUACUCACAUCGACUGAUGUCAAAAGUAUUUUGGAGAAUAUAAAACGCAGAAUGUUUGCUUUCUCCGUUUGUGCUACUUCGUUCUUAUGCGCUUAUAUGUAUUCAGUGCGUGAAAAUGAACUUCUGAAGCCAUUGAAUAUGAUUCAACAGUUUUUGACUCCACUCAGCAGUGAAGAGAUGGCUUCUCAGGAAAAUGUUAAAGAGCGGCUGGGCUUGUCUUUUCAAAUUAUACGCAAAAUGCAGCAAGAUGUACAUCCAUCGGGUAACACAAAAUCACGUAGCAUAACACUCACACAGAAUCUCGUAUCGCAGACUCCACUUUCUGAUCAAUUUCGAGAAGUGUGGAAAACGGUGACAGAUCAUGGCUGGUUACCGGUUAUGUCUGCGCAAGUGUUGGAGUCUUUAUUGCAGUCUGGUGGUCCAGCAUGGCUGACGAGGCAGUUGGUACAAGAAAUACUCAAUUGCAAGUAUUCGAAGGACAUGAUGAAAACAUUGGAUAUUGUUUUUGCCGUACUGCAUUUGGACAUAGACCGCAACACAGAAGCUCUGCUAAAGGAUGUAAUACCAUUAUAUGCACAUAAUAUGGUUGGUGGGGAAAUAAACGAACCGCAAUCACAUGUGCUAGCUCUUCUUUCCGUAUACUGCAUAAUUUCAGCAUUGGAACACCGCCAAGGUACCAUUGAUAGCCUACAACAUAAGCGCACUCGCACACACAGCGACGCCGAUUGCAGCAGUGGCGAUUUGGACAUAAAUAAUGCACCCAAAUUGCGUAAACUCAACCAAGAAGGUGGUUCAGACAACUCAUGCUCAAAUGAUUUCCUCAGCGAUAAUCAUCCACUUUUAUCCGCUGCUGGGGUUAACACAGAUGCCGCUGGCACAACAACUGCCCGUGAUGGCAUUCGAACGGCAACUCUAAAGGAACCGCUUCAUUCUAGUAUUCAGCAUAUUUUUAAAGUAUUACAGCAAUUCGUUACGUCGGAUGAGCUCACACCAAAAGUUUAUUUUGCAUAUCGUUUUAUAUCCUUGCUGGUUGAGUGUGGUGGUGACCGUGUGCGGCCGGUUCUCAAAUUACUGCCUCCACAACUCAUACAAAAUUUGCUAAAAAUAAUGGUGACUGACGAUAUAAGCGUUGGUCUUAUUUGUCGGCUUUAUGAUCUCCGCAUACCGACGGGACGACAAUCUGCUGUUUCUGAUCUAUGUGUUUGGCGAAAUAUUCUCUUAAAAGAUAAUAGUGUAAAACUGUAAAAUUUUAUAAUAAACAAGAUUGAGUAGAAA